UUUACCACACAGCGCAGCCUCCCUUAUUUCCUUCAGCGGUGGGUGGAGACACUCGAGAGUUACUGCUAAGCGAGCGGCAGCCGCUUCGUAUGCUCGAUGGAGAACCCGCCCCAAACCUUCUCUGAACCUCCAACGUCACUUGACGUGGAGCAGCAACUUUUAGGCACCAAAAAUCCCCAUAUACCUCCUUCCUCUCCUUCCCUCUGCGGUCUGCUGGUGGACGCCAGGUCGUCAUCCAUUGCGCAGUACAAGACGUGCCCCAAGUACAUCCACCAAAACGGAUACAGCAGGUGCAAGUUUUCAGUUUUGAGAACAGUUGUGGACUUCCUCAAGAUGCGGUACCAGGAGAAGGACACCGAACACUAUACGUUCGAGGAGAUGACUGAAAAGGCCGGUUUGCUUCACUUAAAUGCGGAAGUCAAGGAGUGGCUAGUAAAGGAAGCUCUUCCACACAACUUAAAGGUUGAGGUGACAGAGGGCAUGUACUACCUCUUCAAGCCACCGCUGCCCAUAACUGGCAGACACUCCCUUCUAAGGCUGCUGCGACAGAAGUAUAAGAAGGGUCUGGGUGGCGUGAUGCUCUCUGAUGUCCAGGAGUGUGUUGGGCCCAGGUGGAAGAAAAUUAUGAGGCAAGUGGAAAGGGAGGUGCUGCAGGUGGUGCGUAAAGCAGACAGGAAGCUCAUUAUCUUUCACAAAGACAAGAGUCUCUCCCUCUCUGUGAGUGAAGAGUUAGUGCGGGUGUGGCGGGGCCUUUCUUUUUCAGACUCAAAUAAGACUGAUGAGGAUAUUGAGACAUACUUGUUACAAGAGGGAUUCAAGGCCAUGCAGAUAACUAAGACAAAAAGAUUCCCACCUACAAAUAUCAAGGAACCAAGAAAACCAAAGCGAUCUGCCAUCACCAAGGCUCACGCUGGGCUUUGAGCUUGUAGGACUCAAGAAACUGAUGAGCAGCCUCCCUCUCAUGGUUCUCUUGCUCACUAAUGAUUUUGUUUGCUCAAGGAAGACCUAUAAUUCAUUUAUUUCUUUAGUCUAAUUUCUACAACAUUUAUAUUACUUCUAAGCUAAAAGAAUAGCUUGCCCAUUUGGCAGUGCUAGCUGGUAAGGAAUAUUCCUGUUUCAUAUAAGACGAUACCAGUUUUUUGCUCAUGUUUAGUUUUCAUAAUAUUCAUUGAUACUGAUUAAAUACUGUACACUUGAACAUGUAUGUAAAUGUACAUAUGGUUUCUUCGGUUAACUUCAGAUAUUAUUUUAUAAAGUGCAUAUGGUUUGUGGUUGUACAAGAAAUGUUAUGAAUUAAGCAUGCUGGUGACAGUGUAGUGUCUGAAUGUGAAGCAUGUAGGGUGGGGUGAUCAAAGGCAGUGAACCAAGAGAUGAGACUGGAGUUGAGUGUAUGCAUUAGUGGUGAUGAGAAAAUACAGGCAGAAAUGGUUUGGGCAUGAUGAGAGGAUGGCAGGGAAUAAUUGAGUUAAAUGGGAUUAAAAAGAUUUAAACAUAGUUUCUUUAUAAAUAGGUUAAGAAUAAUAAUGCCACCAUAUUCUCUGUGCAUCAUAAAAGCUGACAAAAACUGAGGCAGGGCAAGAGACAUGAGGACCCUCCCAUGUUUUUUCCCUCUCUAUUCCCCCAAUGGAGAAUGACAAUGUCUUAUAUGGGUUCUCUCUCCUGAAUAUGGUUGAUCACAGCCUUGCAUCCUUGUAUGUAUAGCUCUCACUAAACUGAAUUUCCCCAUCCCUAUUAAAAUCCACUGUUGUAUAAAUGAUCCCUGAGAGACAUGAAUACUCAAUCCAACCACUCAGCCCAUCCUCCACUCAACCACAGCCCAACAAUACUUAACCUCACUCAAACCUAAACAUAUUUAUCUGUACCAGACUUAUACACAUACAGCCUUAUCCUACAAUUGGACUAAAACAUGAGGGAAUUCCCAGGCCCCUUUUAUGAUAGUGAGUAUGGUGACAUUUCUUGAAACCAGAAAUACAAAUAACUAGGUAAUAAAAAUGAAGAUGGAUAUUUAUGUGAUGAACAACUGCUAUUUUGGCAGUUUUUUUUUUUUUUUCUCUCUCUCCUGAUCUUGACUUCAUUCUACAUUCUUGCAUUAUCAUUACUAUGAAAUUAUGAAAUAAUCAAGCUUGAACAAAAUUAUAUAUACUCAAGAAAUAAUAAUGUAUAAUGAAGAAAUAAUAACAUGCCAUGAAGUUCAGUUUCAUGAGAACACAGCACCUCUGCAUUCUUCCUUGCAUAACUCUUUUCCAGGACAUCAGUAUUCUGAACAAACUUGUGGAUGGACAGUACAGUUGGAUAGGUGACAUUGGUAGGCAUGAACACUUUCCAAAACAGUGAUGAAGAAAAAUAAUGAUAAAUUUUGGUCACAUAAACAUCAAUAUUACAAUUAGAUUUAAUUUUUGAUAAAUUUCCAGUUUGUAUGGAUCUUCAACUGGUGGGUAUUAUAAAAGCAACUACUGCAUUUCAUUCUUCACUAUGCUCACAAAAUACUCUUCAUAAUAGAAAAGAACUUGCCACAGAACUUACAAUCCAUUCUCUCAUUGCAGAUGAGUGUACUUAACCAGCCUUCCAAAAGUAAUUAAGAACCAUGUAUAUACAACUUCAUAAUUAAAAACAAAUGAAAACAUAUUCCACUUAAUGGAGUAGUCUUUCAAAGACCAAGGAAUGAUCUGUUUGGUUUAGUCCUCCUCUAAGGCUCCCCAGUGACUUUUUUUUUUUUCUUCCAUCAACACAUAACACCUACCUAAACUUGUUCCUGGCUGAAGGCCACAGCUGAAUGAUAGUUUUGAUGAAAUUUUUGUAAUAAUUUUCCUCCCAAGAAAAAUCAACAUCCAGAUAUAUAUGCAAAAUACAAUGAUUUCCCUCAGUCCUCCUGAUAAAUACUAGGGAUCACAUCUCAAAACUAGCUUCAUCCAGUACAACUUUCUACAAAGUGUUACCCUACAUUCAGAGGCUAAUAUAUUUAUAUUAAAUGCGUUGUUAUUAGGUAGCAUAUCACUGCUUCACCCCUGCAACAUGAUCAGAACAUGCCAAAUGCUAAUCUUUGUAGUAACAACUCUACAACUGCUAAAAUUGAAACCAUAAAACUAUAAAAAAUCCCACUUCUCUGACCUAACUGCAAGUGAAACUUACUAUGGGUGCAAGUGACAAAACACAAGCUGGGUGAUGGUGAGAAGCUACUUAAUUAAAUGUGACCAAGGCUAAGAUACAAUGAUUCAUGUUCCUCAAUGUUUAUGUUUUGAGCUACAUGUCUUACAAGUUGCUGGGAACCUGGACAGGGUGGCAGUACAGGUCAAUUUGUACAUCACUGCUCACCUCAUGCCUACUCCAGAGGAAAGGAAUCCACUUUAUAAGUAAACUAAGGAACAAAACACGCCACAAAAUGCAAGUGUAGCUUGUGGAAAUUCUUAAAUCUUAUAACUAUAUUCAGGCAACAAUGCAACUGCUAUACCAUUGAACAGUGGCUUUCACAGCAUAAAAGAAAUUAAUUUAAAAUGAAUACAUUUCCACAUCAAUUUUCUAAUCCUUCCCAUUACAUAUCUUCUACGAUGUUGCUGAAUCCACAGAAAGAAAAUCAAGCAUACCAUUCUGAAUUAUUUUCAACAUAUAACAGCAUUUAAUCUACCAUGAAUCUAAUGUGAAUACAGACAAUAUUAAGAGAGCUAAAACUUGUGUGUAAGCAUAAGUAUGAAACACACGAACUCGCAUGCACACACUCACAUGCUCUCUCUUACACACACACACACACACACACACACACACACAAGCAUGCACACCCCCGCACGCAUGCGCACGCACACACACACACACACACACACACACACACACACACACACACACACACACACACACACACACACACACACACAGUUGCGUGAUCUUACUGGUGGUCUUAGUGUGUACAUACUAUAUAUCUGGGAAAAUAUAAUUAUGAAAGUAAGAUUUGCAAUCACAUUAUACCGAAUAUACAAAUUUUCAGGCAUCAUGAAAAGCAGUGUACAAGUAAUUCAGCUUCAUACAAAAUCUAGCAAACAGAAACUGGUUGCUCUCAAUGAUGUGCUCUGUAUGGCUCCAUCUAAUGCUCCCAUUAACAACUCCACAGUAUAGAAAAGUCCGUGAAUGGAACAUAUUUUUCUCCUACCUUGUUUCAGACUUCUGGCCAUAGAUUCAUAACUAACAGCAUGUGCCUGACAUAAUGUACAUGAAGCAAUAUUGUCUUUGCAUCACAUAACCGUCUAGCCAAAAACCUGAUCAUAAUAGAAUCCUGGACAGUAAACAGCAACAUUUGAAAGAAAAUGCUUGAGCUCCUGCUUUGACUGUAGUAUGUGGCUCGAUGGCCUUAUAUUAACAAAAAAUUCUUUUUACAGUGACAAGAUUAUAAGAAACUCAUGGAUAGUAAGUUCUUGAUGAAUAAUCAUUCUUACGAUAAGUGAAAACCAAUUUGGCACAGCAAUGAACUUUCACAAGACAAGCUGACAUGACUGACACCCUCAUACAUAAGGAUUGUAACUUCCUUCCAUGUGGCAAGUGGCAUCAGCAGCCCCAGGAAGGAGUACAGUGUGACACAGCUUUCUGCAACUGCUGACAUUAUUAAUGGACCUCUUACAUGCCCCUGGGCAAGAAAGUUCUGUUAAAAGAAUUAAGCCACUGAAUGUUACCACGAAUGACAUUCCAGCACAGCCUUUUUUAUGGGCAACGAGAACACCAGACUAUCAUUGAAAAAUAAGAAUCAACAUUUAAAAAUGAACAUUCAUUCAUCACUUCUUCCCUGUUCAGUGAAGCAUCAUUAACCCUACCCUGGUAAGAAUUCCCAUAGCCAAAGUCAGUACAACUACCAGGGUGCAAAGUUGGGAGCAUCUCAACAACCAACAGUUGUAAUAUUACUCCAAAAAUGUACUUACAUUUUAAGUACUAAAGUACAGAACAUAGUCCAAAAUCAAUAUUCCUUUGCAUAUGUCAUUAUCAUGAAAUCGUACUCAAUGCCUUUCAACAUUUAUUAUGUGAUAUUACAGCACAAUAAAAAAAAAAUAUAUAAAAAGGUGCCUUCCAAAAGAAAAAUAGUUAUAGGUUAUUAAAUUGAAAUAUUUCUAUAAAGUUCACAGAAUAAAUUUAAGUUGAGGUGAUUUGCUAUUUUCUUCUCUGAUGUGGGAAUGGCAGGAUGGUGUGAUGGGAUGACCCCAAGGAGCCUUGAAAAGUGACUGCACACACUACUGAGCUGACGGAAUAACCCUUCCCUUUUUGUAUGUACCCAAAUGUAUCUAAGAGAGAGAGAGAGAGAGAGAGAGAGAGAGAGAGAGAGAGAGAGAGAGAGAGAGAGAGAGAGAGAGAGAGAGAGAGAGAGAGAGAGAGAGAGAGAGAGAGAGAGAGAAA